AUGUCAAAAGAAGAAAUAGAAGAUUCAUUUAGGCUACUGAAAGCGAAAUCAAGGGAUGGUUUAGCCAACAACUACGCAGGGAAUUUCAGUGAAUUCGAAACAUCAAAUUCAGAAGGAGACCACCGACGAAUAAUUCUUAAGAAUGGCCAUUGCAACGUGUCACAACCUCAAACCAAGCGAGAACAGAUAUACGUUCUAGAAUUCUUGAAACUAGUCGACUACUCAUGGACAUGUACUCUUGCUCUAUUCUCUUCCACGUUGGUCGUAUCUUGGUUCAUCUUCGGAGUCCUAUACUGGCUGAUUUCCUACAUUCACGGAGAUUUAGAACCCGAGCACUUACCCCCAUUCCAAAACCAAAGCAACUACAGACCGUGUGUCUACGACGUUUACAAUUUUGCAUCCUGCUUCAUGUUCAGCGUCGAAACCCAACAUACUUUAGGUUACGGUGUUAAAGCUACUACUGACGAAUGCCCUGAAGCUAUUUUCGUGAAUACUGUUCAGUGCUUAGUAGGAUUUAUCAUACAGGGCAUAAUGUCUGUAACCAUUUUCUACAAACUGACCUUACCAAGACAAAGACAAAAGACCUUAUUGUUCUCCAAGUCCGCUAUAAUAUGCCCUAGAAACGAGAAAUUGUGUAUUAUGUUUCGUAUAGGAGACAUGAGGAAGAAUGAUAUGGUUGGUGGUCGUAUCCGCGUUUUUUUCUUGCGUACCGCGAAGACACUUGAAGGCGAAAUACUUGUGAAUCACCAACAAGAAUUGGAGCUGUUUUACGACAACUGCCAAAGAGGGUUGUUCUUCUACUGGCCCCUCACCAUAUACCACGUUAUAAAUAAAGACUCACCUCUGUACUACUUCUCACCAAGAGACUUUAACAAGCAUACCUUUGAAAUAGUUGUUGUUUUGGAAGGUACCAUUGAGAGUACCGGCCAGAUGACGCAGCAUCGUACCAGCUACAUGUCUGAAGAAAUAUUGUGGGGAAGGAAGUUCGAACCUUUGUUGAAACUGAAUAAACACAGGCAGGGGUAUGAUGUAGACCUUUCCAAAUUCGACAAUAUGCUGCCUGUCAAGACUCCUUUGUGUUCCGCUGCGUACUGUGAGGAGUUCGCCACUUUGCAAAAUAUGAAGAUUGGUCUAAAAUCUCCAAUAAAACUGGACUUUACUCCUAGACAAAGUAUCGGAGAAAUUGACAAGAAAACGGUAGCAAAGUUGACGGCAAAAGUGAACAUAAAUGUAUGCAAUUCGAAUGGAAAUGACAGUGAUUGUAAUCGAAAUGACUAAAAGUAAAGUUUUACACAAGAGAACUAUUAUUAUAUGUAUAUACUACACUAAAAUCCUAA